UUUCAAAAUGGCGGAAAGUUUUAAGACAAGCACCGACACAUUUUGAGUUCCGUUGAUUUGUUUUGGGUUUAAAACAUUUAUUUAAUUUUAAGCAUUAGUAACAAUUAGUAAACGAGACGUUUGAUACACACAGUUGAAUUUUAUUUACAACGCACUGUCAUGGAAAUAAGCAACCAAGCUUUAGGCAAUGCAGAUUCUCGAUUUUGAGGCUUUUGUAUAAAAUCUUAAAAGAAGUAUACUCUGGAAGCUAGAUUUCACCAUGUCACGGAGAUUCACGAAGGAGGAAUUAGAUGACCAGUUUGAAGUGUUCCUGAAACAGUCAGUUUCUUCAGAUGAGUCAUUUGAGACAUUGCAGAAGAAGUCUUCCAAGAUAGCUGAGGCAAGGAAGAAGAGGGAGGCCAAGCCGUGGUGGCUGGAUGAAGAUGACCAAGACAAGAAACUUGGCUCAGGUUUGACAGCAAGUGGGAAGAGUUUCAUGAAGACAAAGAAAAGCCCUGAAAAAAAGAGUUCAUCUGAGAAGUCGGCUAAAGGUGGAAAGACUGGAGUUGGGAAGGUGAAAUCCAAGCAGGAGAAGACACGUGUCAGAAAGAAAGAUGUGUCCCCGAAACGACCCGGUCGAGGGCGGACAGAAGCUUCCAUGAGUAAAGACAGCUUGGAAGACAUAUCGGAGAAGUCGGAGGAGAAUGACGCAGGAGAAGCUGCCAGGAUUGUUGGCCUUGACUCCAGCUUGGACACGACACGAGACAGUUGCACAGCAGACAUGUUAACUGACCGACAAGACAGCCCUGAAAAAGUUGGCAUGGACACCCUUGAUGAAUUAGCCGAUAAACAGAGGUUCUAUAACGAGGUUGAAGCUGAGGGCACAAUAGACUACGGACAGCUGAACCGGGAGCUGAGUCAGACUGCCACAACGCUGUCCCCCAAGUUAGCUGGUGUGGCAGUGGACGACUCCCGAAGUGCAGCGAUGCUGGAUCACUCCAGGGUUUCCGGUAGUCAUGGAGGUCCAACAGAGAGGGACUCAUCACAACAAAAGCCGAGUAUGCUGUCCAAAGUCUCGCUGCUCGACUCCCUCGACUCCACUCUCAACACCACCACUUCCCCCAAGGCCAGCGUGCCAUUUGAUGGCAGCAGGGAGGGUAACCAUGACAACCUGGGUCAAACAUUUCCUGACACGCUGAAGACACGGACCGGCACAGGAAUGAUGGGCACCAACACCAGCAGAGAGAUGGAGGCUCUACAGGAGGCGCUGCGAGUGGUAGGACUCUCCCCCACCAUCAAACAGGACGACCCUCUCACUGGCGUCCUCGGACAUGACUCCCACACUGGGAGCCUGCCAGACCCGGCCACAGCAAAGCAGCAGCGAGAGAAGGAGAGAUCAGACCGGACAGUGGAUGAUAUAUUCCGGGAGAUGGGUGAACUGGAGAAACGAGUGAAGGAGAAGGAGGACAGAGAAGAUGAUGUUCGACUCAUGAGUGACUACCGUAGCGCCCACAGUCACAGCUCUGGGAGCCCGAACAGUCAUGGGAAAGGUCUAUCACAUCAGCAGCACAUGGAGGAGGACCAACGAGGGGGCUUCGACCACUCCCACACGGACGACACAGAGGUGUACCAGCCCGUCACCGCCGUCGGAUCGAGAGGCCGCAGCAUCCAGCGCCUGUAUUCUGUGAAGGAAAAGACAGAUGGCGCCAGUGGUACCUUCACCAAUGUCAGGACAGAUGAGGUUAAAGGUAAGAAGUCCCGAUCCAGAUUUUCCCACAUCCAGAGUUCAGGGUAUGGGAAGCGCUCCAUUAGCCGGUCGCCUUCACAUUCACCAUCAAGGUCACCUGGCAAAUCAACACGACCUGGCAACCAGACCUGGUCCCCGGCAGACGUCAGCAGACACAAAGUUACAGGCACCCAGUCUCCAAGGACCGCCCACCACAAUCUUCAAGGGAAAGUGCCUGAGACACGUCUGCUGCAGUCUGUGGAGUCGUUUGCAAGUUACAUCCGAGACCAUUUUACAGGGAAGGGAGUCCCAGAGGUAAAGUACUCGUCUGAGGAGCCUUCAGUGUCGGCCAGUCUGCGGAUGGAGAAGACAUCGAGUGUGGAGCGAGAGCUGCAGCAGGAGCUGGGUGAAGAGAGGAAGAGACUGGCUAGUCUGCAGGGUGAGAUGCGGACCCUCCAGCAGCAGCAUAAGGAGGAGAUGGACCAGGUCAAGGUGGAACAUGAGCAGGAGAUGUUCAAACUGAAGCAGGAAAACUUUGUCCUGGCUGCCAAGCUGAACGAGGGGGAGGGGGAGAGCACUGCAAGGAGGAAGCUGGGAGAGGUAUUGAGCGGGGAUGCUGUUACGAGGGAGCAGCUGACAAUGUUGGAACGGGAGAUCAAGGACCAGGAGUCUCUCAUUGCCGGGUUCCAAACAGAGAACCAACGACUGUAUGGCGAAAUGAAGGCUCUCCGUGCCAACACACGCUCAGCGGAGGAGAAAAUGUUCUCUGAGAACCAGAGACUGAUCACAGAAGUCACCAACCUAAAAUCCCAGCUUGAGCAGAAGGACCUUGCGCUGAGGAACAAGGGCAUCAUCACAAGUCUCGCAGCACAGCAGCAGAUAGCUGCUGGCAACGCAGAUGCCCAGCUCGGCGCCAACAAGCUUGUCCAGCUACAGGCUGAACUGACAGAGGCUAAGAGGCAGAGUGAGAUCCAGCAGCGGGAGAUGAAGGUCUUGCAGCAGACCAAGCAGGAGCUCGACCUUCACAUUCACCAGCUGGUGCGGGAGCGGGAAGAUCUCAGUCGGGACCUCGACGCUGCAAAGAAGAUCACACCAGAACAGGCCAAGGAGCUGAAGGCCCAGCAUGAGGAGGAAGUGUCCCAGUUGAGGAGGAAGCUGAAGUGGUAUGCAGAGAACCAGCAGCUGCUGGACAAGGGGGCGGCAAGUAUGAAGAAGAAAGAGGAAGAAAUCAGACAGCUGAAACUGAGACUGGAAGGACUCACAACUGAGACUGGGCGCAAGUUAGAGGAGAACAAGCUGAGGGCGAGAGAGCGAGCCUCGGAUGCCAAGAAGAUUCAGGACCUCCAAAGACAGGUGAAGGAGAUGGAGCAGAUCAUCCGUCGCCGCCACCCCAACUCCCUCCCGGCGCUGAUGAUGGCUGCAGCUGCAAGCGUGGGCGAGGACCAGGCUCCCCCCAUCAAGUCCGCGAGUGUCACGGUGCUGGAGAACCGCAUCAAGAAGCUGGAGGAGGAACUGGCCAGCAAGGACGAAGCCUCCAACACCCUGCUGCGGGCCAUGGAGCAGAAGUACAACAACAUCAAGUACAAGUUUGAGUCGCGAGUGUCUGACCUGGAGAAGCAGCUGUCCAUCUAUCAGCGGGUGGACGGGACGGGCGGGGAUCUUCCCAUCACCCAUGGUGCUGCGAUGGAGCUGGAGUUGAAGGAGUUGCGGCAACGCUACACGCGGCAGGUGGCUGAGCUGCAGGCCCAGGUUGACCGACUCACUGGGGAGCUGACCAAGAUCAACAAGAACCAACACAACCUGAUGAAGAAUGACACCUCUCGAACCCCUGAGUCAGACCUCAACCAGCAGGUGGCGCUGCUGCAGCAGGAACUGGAUGAGAAGAAGCAUGACCUCCAUGUCCUUUACACGUCCCUGGAGAGACUCCGCAAGGAGAAGACUGGCGAUACCACAAAGAAAUCAAAAACUAAGGGCAAGGGUACCAGGAAGAAGCUCUCCACUCCCGAGUCUCAGUUUGACAGUUUCCCUCCAACAGCGGACCGGAGCUACGAGCCCCAGACGUUUGCAGACUCGGACAUCACACAAGUCCUGCAUGAAAACCAAGAUCUGAGAACUACGGUGGAGAGCCUACAGCUGGAACUGGACCAACAGAGAGUUGACCUCCGUAAGUCUCUAGCGGAGACGGAAGCCGUAGCACGGAAACACAGGGAGGAUUACCAAGACCAGAUUGACAGCCUGCGACUGUCCCACCAGCAAGAGCUGCAGAGAGUCCUCAGUGACCAGGCCUUCCAACACUACUCCUCCAAACUGGCUCAGCUACACAGCAAGUGUGACAGUCAGGAGGUGAUGAUCCAGCACCUACAGCAGCAGCUGGCCAAGUCGGAGGUUGAUGCAGAGCAGAUAUCCAUCCUCAAGAUACGGGAAGCUGCCAAGCAGAAUCAGAUUGAGAAGCUCCAGGACCUGCUGCAAGAGGCCAAGAAGAGUCACUCUCCUGAAAUGCGUCACUUCGAGACCCUGCAGGAGAAGAUUAUUCAGAUGGAGAACCGCCACGAGCAGCGGGAAUCUGAACUGAAGCAGAUCAUAGCCAACACUCAGAGAGUUGCUUCCCUUGAGCUCGACCAGGAAGGAGAGAAAUGGAGGAAGAUUGUCGAAGUGAAGAACAAAGAGAUCGAGAAGUUUCGGGCAGAGCUGGACUCCAUCCUGGACGUUCUGCGCCUCCUCCAGAAACAAGGUGUCAUGUUACCGGUCAGCUCCAUUCACUCAUGACAUCCAGAAACAUGUCGUGACAUUAGCUCAGGGUCUCAUGACAAGAUGUUUUGAGGAAUAUCAAACUUUAAACUGUGAUAACCUGUUCAGCAGGUGUUGUAUGUGCUCUCAGGGAGCCAUGGCACACAGCCAGGGCAGUACCAUGCAUGAGAUAAUCCUAACUCUCACUGUCAUCACCUCAAUGAAAUCUGACUCUCAAAGGGCUGCAGUUGCUAUUAGGUGGGGCGGUCGGGUAGCCUAGUGGUUAAAGCGUUGGCUCGUCACGCCGAAGACCCGGGUUCAAUUUCCGACAUGGGUACAAUGUGUGAAGCCCGUUUCUGGUGUCCCCCGUCGUGAUAUUGCUGGAAUAUUGCUAAAAGCGGCAUAAAACCAUACUCACUCACUCACUGCUAUUAGGGAGUCAAAUUAACACACUGCUUGCAUCAGACCAGUGUUAGAUGUCAACAGUUAUGAUUCAGUCAGAAAAGUGAUGUAGUGAGUGAACUGGUGAAAGGUGUUUUACACUAUAGUCAAGAAUUGUAGCUAUUACAUGUGGUAUGUAGGGAUGGUGGGGUAGGCGAGUGGUUAAUCUGUCACAAGUCACGCUGAAGACCUGGAUUCCCCACAUGGGUAAAAUGUGUGAAGCCAAUUUCUCUGGGGCCCCUGCCGUGAUAUUGCUGGAAUAUUACUAAAAGCGGCACUCACUCACUCAUGUAGCAUGUAAGUUCUUGAAACAAGCCAGUGUACAUGAUCCCCCAAUCUCAUUAAAAUCAGAUCAUAGUUUUUGCUACCGCUAACCAAAUAUCUGAGGACAUCCCAUUAUGGGUCAUGUCGGCACGACCUUUCGCAAACAUUGACUGACCAAUGAAAUGACUGACAAGAAAUCGACAUUUGCCAAUCAGAAGGCAGCUCUCUCUCAAUCUUUACGGCACUAGUUUCAAACUGGCGACUACGCUUUGAAACAUAUUUUGACAUAUUCUCGAUUAAAAAAAAUUAAAACUGACCAAAACAACAGUCUGGAAUGACUUAUACGCUCUGAUUGGUUGGAUGAAAGGUCGUGCUGACGUGAUCCGUAUUGGGAUGUCCUCAGAUCUUUGUUUAGCGGUAGCGAGAACUAAGAUCUGAUUUUAAUGAGAUUGCAUGAUCCCCAUGACAUGGAAUUAUAUGACAACAGGUCUCUCAGUGGCUGGACACACACACCGAGGGGUGCAUGUCAGAAGCUGGCGGCAGAUUGUACAAUUUGUAAUCUACCAGUCCAACGUUCAUAUUCAAUAAUGACACGUCUUGACCAGUCUUAACCACUGUCAGGCAGUUGAUCCUGAUCAGCCAAACGCGGGUGUACUAGAAGUCAGUAUGUAUACACCUGUAUAUUACCAAUAUAUAUUGUGUACUAUAAUUAGAUAUAUAUUUAUUUUGUUAUACCAUGUAUUUGUAAAGUAAACAUGAAAACAAAUUCCGUGUUUUUGUUUUUUGUAUAACUGAUCACAGUGCUCAAUAAAACAUGCAAAAGUG